ACAUCAAGACUGGCAGCGCAACUAGUAGUGUGUGUAGUUUGGCACCGCAAGAACUCAAAGCUACUGAUGCUGGUUUAAGUCAGCUUACAAACCUAGUCCAAUUACCAUGAAGACAAGAGGAGACUGCUCUCUUCACCGCUGACCAACCAAACCAAAAAGAAACAGCCCGAACGUGAAUGUGUCCUCGUGAACCGGGAGACUGACAGCACGAACAGAGAUGCGCGCGACGCGCUCGUGUGUCUUCAGGUCUUCAUCGCAAGGCAGAGUUUUCUCAUCGUGUCUGUAAGCCGUUUGUUUGUUAUUCCUCAAAUAAAGCGGGAUUACGCUUUCCUUGGACUGUCCUUCUUACCAUGGAGUCGCACACGGACGUGUUACUGGUCACCGCAAAUGUUGGAUCUCUGUUUGACAAUGUGGGUGAGAUUGAAAGAGAUUGGCUACGAGAGUUCUUUAUGACGGUGCACAUGUACAAGCCACGCUUUAUUGCCCUGCACUUUCAAGAAGUUGGUGGAAAGGACUAUAUGUUGAACAUGGGCUACGUUGAUACGUUUUUUGGGACCAUAGAGUCAAGCUCUGAGAUGGCAGACUUUGACAGAGCGUGUGUCUAUGUAGACACCAAUUUUAGAACAGUAGACAGUUUUACGGCUCUGGGAAGCAUGUAUUUCAUCCACAAAUCACUGAAAAAUAUCCUACAAUAUGACUUCAAUGUGAAGGAGUUUAAAGCCGUCUCGGGCCGCAGCAAGUACACAGGUUCGCUGGAAGGAGUGUCAAUGGUGGAAAAAGAGAAAUUCCCAAAGAACUUCUGGCCUGAUUUCAAGUGGUCUAGAAAAGGCUUUAUGAGGACACGAUGGAUCAUUCACAACCAGGCUUUAGACCUGGUAAAUGUUCACCUGUUUCACGACGCCUCCAACCUCAUUGCCUGCAAAUCUAGUCCUUCAGUGUACUCUGCAAACCGCAACGCAGCUCUCAGAUAUGUCAUCAACAGGAUAUCAGAUAACAGCUACAGUUCUCCCCCCUUCUUCGUAUUCGGUGAUUUCAAUUUCCGUCUCGACACGCUCAGUUUAGUACAGAACCUCUCUGUGUCUGCUGAUAUUCCGACAGAAAAAAGAAACAGUAACAACGAGGUGGAAAAGAUCAUCUAUGAGGAAAAAGAUAAUGACCACAAGGUCCUCCUUCACAUAGAGACCAAGUUAUUCGCUUACUUGCACCAGGCCGCGUUCAGGGAAAACAACGGAAAAGAGCUUCUGAAGUAUGAUAAGGAGAUCUGUGCAUUCCAUGACAUCAUCACAGAGGAGGAUAUUCAUUUUCCUCCUAGUUACCCAUACAGUGAAGACUACACUAAACCCACACAAUACAUGAACACACGAUGCCCGGCAUGGUGUGACCGCAUCUUGAUGUCCCAUAGUGCAAGAGACAUCAUCAAUCGGAGGGAAGAUGGUGAAACUGAUGUUGUUUAUAACACACUCGGCCCCAAUGUCUGCAUGGGGGACCACAAGCCUGUUUUCCUCUUUUUUACACUGAAGACGACUGCACAUUGACACACAGUACUGGGAAAGUCAUAAGGUUUUGCUGCACCCAGAGAUCAUUCAACGGAUAGAUGAACCAGUCGCGAAUAGUCAGUGAACAGAGACACGACCCAUACAGCACACAGGACCACUGAAAUCUUCACCGAACACUGCAGAUGCCGUAAACCACAAGAACUAUUCAUAUUCACUUUCAGGAUGGUUUGUGCACAUUUUAAAGUCGUCUUUAGAAAUAGCAGAACAAAGAAAAUAGCAAGAAAUGGACAGAACCAAGAAAAGCAGAAAAGUUCUCAAGGCACCUCUAAAAGACUUUUUUUAAUAAGAAAAUAAGCUUUAGACUUUGUGUGAACUACAAACGCGAUUUUUAUGAAAACUUCGUACAAUGACAUGAAUACAGGUAUGCAUCUAGUCUGACACCAUAUCCAAACGCAGGCUGCUGGGACGCACAAGCUUUCCUUUUUAAAUUGGCAUUCGUGUUGUUGGGUUAAUGCAGUUGUCCCAAACGUGAAACAAUCUGGUAAAACACUCCUCAGCUAUUCGUUUUAACAGUCGCUUCUUUAUGCUUUGUGUGCGUGUUGUUGGUUUUAUAUUUGAAAUAUUAAGCAUGUAUUUUUGCAUUUACACUCACCUCAGCAGUUAUAGCUGUCAGCCUCUCUUGAGCUUCAGUCAUUGUGUCUGCGGGGUUGUUAGUCAAACUCGCGGAUCAAUAGAAUAUGUACAGGACAGCGAGGGACGAGUUAAAAAGCCAUUAGCACUUGUGAAUUAUGGAAAUCCCACGCUGAGGGCCUUGGCCUGGAAGCCCCCUUGACUUUUAAUUAUAGCACUAGUGCAAUGGAGAAUGCUAAUGUGAAAUGUAGCCUUCGGAGAUGCUGUUUGUUUCCAUGACAAAUUUGUGAUAUUUUAGUUUCGUCGUCAUCUUUGUGUUGGGUACUGUGCUCAGAUUGGAUCAGGUGCAGUAAAGUGGUUGCAGUAAAGGAGUGGAUGUUGACCCACAAAUGUUAAACUAAUAACAGGGUUCCCACGGGUCCUUGAAAUCCUUGAAAGUCUGUGAAUCUGGGAAGUUUGUAAAAAUAUACAUACAUAGAUACAGGUCAUUCAAAGUGCUUGAAUCUAUUUUAUGCAAGAAGUUUUUUAGGAAAAACAUCCAUAUUAUUUCCUGUGUAGUGUAGGAUAAUAUCAUAACAAUUCCAGACUUUAAGCACACGUGCUAAACUGUUCCCUUUAAAUUUUUAUAUCUUCUGUAUGCGAAUGUUGAUUCAUACCAAAAUGCUUUUUUGCAUAGUUGUGUUUGACACAUGAAAACGUCUCGGUUACGUAAGUAACUGUUGUUCACUGAUGAGGGAAUGAGACGCUGCGUCUCCCUUGCCAUACUUCCUGCAUCCCUGUAACGCCGUCUUUGGCAAUAUUUUAGAUAGCAAUAUAAUUCUUGACUCCCGCAUCACCCUGUCUUUGUCGUGAAGCCUCACCAUUGGUUGAAUUUGAUAUACACAUUCAGACGCACUUACCCCUGGAGGCGUCCCCAAAGUGUCACCACAGUGAUGCAGCGCGAGUUCCCUCGAAAGGGAACUGUAACAAUGUAUCUUAAGAGGUAACACGAUGUAACCUUGCUCUCACUUGAAAUGUGUCCACACAUUUGAGGGUAUUAAACCUGGAAAAUCCUUGAAAGGUCCUUGAAUUUGAAGGCAUGGGAACCCUGUAAUAACUCCAUUCGACUCGUGCUGUAUAUAUUUUAAGUGUCCUGAUUGCAUACAAAAGGGUUUGGUGAAAAAAACUAAAAUUUAAUAUUUUUUUAUGGAAAUCUUGACCUGUGCCUUGCUUUCAGUGCACAUUCUUGGUGUCUGAACUGAAAAUAUGUGUAACAACUAAAUAAUAGCGAUAUCCUAAAGCAAGAAAGUAAAGAAGUAAAUGUCUUCAGGACACUUAAAAUAUAUAACAUAAGUGGAGUUAUUUAUUUAACACUUCUGGGACAUUUUAAAGCUUAAAAUUAUUUUCUGGUUGCAGUGGGAGUGGAUGGUGGACCGCUCGGUUUCAAACAACAAAACCCAAAACGACACUUUUAAAAAAUCUGUGUUUGGGUUCUAAACAAUAAAUGAGACAUUGGGAUAAGUAAAUAAUAACAAGUUUUUUUUUGAAAGGCCAUGAAAUCAAAUCUGGAGGAUUUUUUCUUAUUGUACUUUUCAUAUACAUCUCCUGUUUAGUUGACCAAAAGUCUUCUAAAGCAGCAUCUGUCACACUUUACAUUGUUUAUAGACAUUAUAUAAGUUUCAGAUGCACCAAUAAUCAAAGUGAGUCUUAAGGGGGGUUGCACACCGGACGCGCCGCACCUUUCUAAAAAAAUCAACAAGUGGCGCCUGUCCGCGGCUCCCAGCUACGACUUAGGAAGUUGCUCAAAUCCCUUUUGCGCUACAGAGCGCCACUCACAUAGUUUAACAUCAAAUAACAUCAUAUUUGUCCAGAAUCAUUAAUUAUUAACAUUGACUGCUAAUGUAUAUUUUGCAUUUUAAAGUAGAUGCUAUCUGAAUAAGCUUGCGCUAUUUAAUGUGCACUUCCGGUGUACGAUACCUCCGAGUUGUCCUAGACGCGACUCGAUGCGGCGCUGAGCUGCGUGUUCGGUGUGCGACCAUCUUUAUAGUCUGUGGCAUGGAAUCCAACACGUAAAAUAGUUGAAAAUUUGAGUUGUGAAAUCUAUUAUUUUAAUUUACUGAUAUUUGCUGCAUCUGUACUGUUAUUUUAUUAUUUAAUAUUGAUGUAAUCGGGAAUGUUUAACAGUUGUAUGUAGUUGUUGGUUUACAUUGAUGUUUCAUUAGACUUUAGAGUAAAAUCCAUUGUAAUUAUUUAAACAUAGUCGUCGAGAUGACCCUACUGAUUCAGAAUGGUAAUAUACGUCUUCAAUAUUGCUUCAAGCACAACGUUCCCUUUUAAAAUGAAUGCUUGAUAGCCUCACAUAAUUGUUCAGGAAAUGCCUUAGUCCACACUUGAGGAAAUGUUAGCCAAGUCUUAUUUUAUUAUUAACAAAUUAAGAAAUAUGUCAAAGAUUUAAUCUCUAUGAUAAAAUGUCUAAAAGUCACUUCAUUUACAAAGCAAAUCAGACUGCCUGUUAUCCACAAGUGGUUACAGUGUAUAAUGACAAUUCUGUCAUUUCCUAUCUCAACAAGAAUUUAUUGAUGAAAUCUACGCAUAAUUUACGUGUAAGGGGUUACAUGGUACGGCCUAUCUGUCAAUAAUAGACUUGUUGUAGUUGAUUCAUGGUAUGGUCAACAUAAUUUACUGUUCUCAAGGGCAUCACUUCAGACUGUGCUUCAAUAGGAGGCCAUAGAGUUUUAGCUAUAGGUGUAAUUAAGCAUUUGCGAAUUUACAAAUAAACACUACAAUCAUUUAAGAUGUAAUUUAUGUGUCAUUUGGAGCACUGUUUUCAGCAUGCCAAGUAAAAUUUGUAUGUAGCCGUAUAUGUUUGCACUUGUUUUGGGGAAAUAUUUUACUUUGAUAUAUGUAGAACAGACGUAAAGGUUUGUUAUGCUUUUUUUAAAGUUAUUUCUGCUUUCAGUUUUCUGCUUCGUUCUUCUUUAUAUUUUUUAAAGGAAUUAGACAUAUAAUACAUCAUAUAAAUAAGACAUUAUCGUGGAAAAUUGAGUAAUAUAUAUUGUAUAUCUUUCUAUCAAUGUAUUGAGAGAAUAGUUAGUGGUAUGGUGUGAAUUUUUUAGGAUUUUUUUUAUGUCGGGCUAAGGGGACUGUUUUCAAUGCAGCACUGGACAAUAACAGUGAACAGAAAUUGGUUGUACUCAAAUGUUGAAAUAUUACAUGAACAGUCACAUUUAUACCUAAAAAGUUGUAGCAGGGUCCAUACAUUGUUUAAAUAAUAAAACCAUCGGCCGUUGCUCUGUAAUACGGGGUAAUGUGAUGAGUAUAUAUGCCCCACCCAUCACGAUGAACCUUAUUUAUAGUGUGUAACAAUGUUUAUUGAAGUGAUUAAGAUUAAGAAAUUCGGUGCCAAAAUUGUUUUUCUCUUCCUUUAUUCACAAUGUUUCCAUUUUAUGACUUUAAACAGAACACUUCAGACAGUGUUUGAUCAAUUCAUUCAUAUUGUGAUACAAUAAGAGCUGCAAUGCAUUUAUUUAGCAUCAUGUGCUGCUGAAUGCUGAAAUAAAAUGGUCCAAAUUCUCCCUUACUGUACUUUUGGCAGCAUGAAUGAAUGUUUUGUUCUUAAAUAUGUUAUUGUUUUAUUUUCUAAUAAAAUGUAUACAUAUAAUUUAAAAUGA